CCCAAAUAAACACCUGUGUAAGGUAAGAGGAGGCGGAACAAACUAGGGCAAGUAUAAUGUUCAGAUGUAGGCUACUGUUAGAAUAACUGCUGGUAGUGGCAAAUGCAGACAAACGCUUGGAAAUGGAGGUUAAAAUCUCCAAAAGAAACGUCUGGACAAAAUCUAAUAUGGUUCAGGACCAGAUACCAUACAGAUGUCACAUUAAAAAAGGAUUCAUUACGCUAAUUACAUUGACAUUCCUAUUGUCAGCUAUUGCGUACAUCUCCGAUGUCUCUGACAUACUGGCUAUGACGCCUAACACUUUAUAUACAAAGGUGGUAAAUAAGAUACAAUCGUAUUAUGUAGUAAUCGAUUUUCCUUUUCCCCGGGACAAUCAAGUUCAACAAAUGACUACUACACAAAUAACAACUGUCACUGUAACUAAUAACACAACCUCAGGACAUUAUCAUAUAGCUUAUGCACACAACUAUCAAUUCAUCCUGGAUGAACCUGAUACAUGUCUCAAGCAGAACCCAUUUCUGGUUUUGAUGGUCCCUGUGGCCCCCCAACAACUGGAGGCUAGGAAAGCCAUCCGGAGCACUUGGGGGACAGAGACCAAUGUCCAGGGAAAAUCAGUUAUGACUCUGUUCGUGGUGGGUUUGCCCGGUGGAGCUGAUAGUAAUAAAACACAACAAGAGUUAGAGGAAGAGAGCCGACAACAUGGAGACCUACUGCAAAGCAACUUCAUUGACACGUACAUCAACUUGACCAUCAAGACGAUGGUGAUCAUGGACUGGUUGGCCACACGCUGCCCUCAAGCGUCUUACGGCAUGAAGAUCGAUUCUGACAUGUUUUUAAACCUUGAGAAUUUAAUGACCCUUCUGUUGGACCCCAAAACACCCAAACAGAACUACAUCACAGGUAUGGUGAUGUGGAACACACCUGUCAUCAGAAACAAAAACUCAAAAUGGUACGUGCCAGUGGAUCUUUACCCAGAACCAAACUACCCCACAUACUUGCUGGGGAUGGGAUAUGUUUUCUCCAAUGAUCUUCCCCCAAAAUUAGUUGAGGUUUCUAAGGACAUAAAGCCCUUCAACAUUGAAGACGCAUAUUUGGGGGCUUGUAUAAAGCGUUUAGGAGUUAAUCCCUCAAGUCCCCCAGAUCCUUCUCAGUUUAGAUCCUUUAUGAGAGAGUACAAACGUGAGGAGUUUCUCAGGGUCAUCACAACAAUCCUGGGUUCUCCUAAGCAGUUAAUUGAAUUCUGGAAGGAUGUUAGGAGGUCUGUGUGAAAGGAAUUUAAAUUUUGACUUCCUGUUUAAAUGGUUUAUUUAUUCUGGUCUGUAACUGUUCAUUAUUUGUGGAAUACCUCUCGAGUUUUUUAUAUUUCUGUCUUUAAGUAUUGUUGUGAAUUCAUUUAACAAAAACAAACUCAACUCUUUUUUUAUAGAUGAAACGUCUGAAUGUUGUUAACAGCGCCGGGACCUAUUCGCUAGCAUUGGUUUUGUCUUCAUACAAUAAAAGUGAAUGGGUGCAAGGGCUGUUCAGUUAACAACAUUCUUCAAAAUAUCUUUGUUUGUGUUUUGCCGAAGAAAUAAAGGGAGAAGCUAAAGACGCUUAAUGGAAAGCCUACAACCUUUAGCCUAAAAAGGCAUAAUGGCUUAUGCCCUGGCUUCCUCCAUUUGAGGUGUGUGUGGUGAUUUUAUCAGAUGAGGUCUUGGUUAUAAAACAGAACUUACAACACAAACAGAAAAUUGUAAGUGACAAUAAGCUUUAUGUAAUGUUCAGAGAGUAAAAUCGAAACGGGUCUGAAGUUGCAACUUUUGCUGACCUCACGCGCUCUCGGAAAUUCGAUAAUUCCCAUUUCAACUCUGAAAUAAUUCAUGGAAUUGUGCUCUUUUAAUGUUAAAAGAUAUGUGUAAUGUUUUAAUGCUAUUAAAUCAUUAUUAAUAUUAAGGUUAAUAAAUACUUUUAAUGUUAGUAAAUCCAUACAUUAGGCAAGUUUCGGGUUUGUGGUGGGUAGAAUCCCACUUCCGAGGUGUCUUGUUUGAACGCAGAAUUAACAUGAUGAGUUCACAAAUAUGUUUAUUAGCGUCUGAUGUCAUCAAGCGACGUGCUGUUUCACAAAAUCCUAGCGGAAACACUGACGUGUGCAACACAACAAUGGCUCUUCAGGUGGAUGACUUUGAGAGAAAUUGAAAGGCUGCUUUUUGAUUUUGUCUGUAAAAAUAGUGUACAUUGCAUGAGGAAAACAGUUUUAAUGAACACAUAUGAAAAUGUUGGUCUCAACUUUCUGGACUUUACUACUUUAAAUUAUACAUAUAAAAGCAACUGGAUUAGACAACUUGUUAAAUAACCAGCUUCUAUCUGGAAUGUUAUUCCUACACCUUACCUAAAUUUGGUGGCACAAAUUUCUUGUUUGUAAUUGUACUAUUAGCAUAAUACCUUUGAAACUUCCGGCAUGUCAUCUUCAAGCUUUUAGAGCAUGGUGUGUAUUCUACACACACAAUUUUUCAUCUCAGCAAUACUUUAUGUGGAAUAAUAAGGACAUUCUAUAUAAACGGAAGUCUAUUUUCUACGAAAAUAUGUUCUUUUGGUGGAUCAAUGGUUAAACUCAGAUGGCCUUUUGUUAACCUAUGACGAAUUUUUAUCAAAAUCAAUUUUUGAAAUAAUUUGCAACGGUUUUUGGUGCAAUAUAGUGGAAUUUGUAUGCUAUUUAAGCAACAAAACAGAUUAGAAUAUCAGCAACUCCAACCAUUCUCGCUCAACCAUUCUUUAAGUAAAAUGUUUUUUUCUCUCAUGCUAGGAAUAAAACUAUAAGAGCUCUCUUUCAGGAAAAUAUUGUUUCGAAACCAAAUGCACUUGCAUACUGGAAUCGUUUUGUAAAUGAUGUGGACUGGAAAAAAGUUUGUCUUCUACCUAUGGCUAUCUUUUAACAAAUUAAAUAAAACAAUUUAAAAGACUUUUACACAGAAUCCAUCCUGUUAAACAUUAUUUAACUAAAUAUACAAUAGAUAUAAAUGAGAAUUGUAGCAGAACAAAAGCCAGAAACAACUGUUCAUUUUUUGGGCAAUGCCCUUUUGUUUUGUAUUUUUGGCGUAAUUUGCUUCAUUUCAUUGUUGAAAAUAUUGAUGAAGAUUUUGUUUUACAGUGGAAAGAUGUCCUCUUAGGUCCUAGUGUGACUUGUAAAGAUAAACAAACACACAUUUACUUUAUUAAUUUCACAUUCAUAAAUGAAAAUAUUUAUGAAAGAAGACAUAUUUUUUAGGAUUUGAAAAUGAAGUAAAACAUUAUUGUGAAUCCAUAAUGCCCUCAAAGAAUCCAAACGCAAGAAGAUCUGAUUUUUCUUUC